AUGCAUCGAGAUACUGAUCAACUAGCUUUUCCAAUGUUGGUUGAUCAUGGUUUCACUGUGUUGAGUAAUCAUCAUAAUACUGCCAUGACGAAUUCUGAGAUUCAGAUUAGAAAUCUACAAGAGACAUUAACAAUAAAAUGUGAAAAUCGUCAUGAUUAUGAACAAUGGAUGGAAUCUUUGAAUCUUUUGCAAGAAAAGGCCUUUUGCUUUGAAAAUAAAAAUGACACUCGUUUCCAUUCAUUCGCACAAAUUCGUUACAAUCAAUUAGGUUAUUGGUUUAUCAAUGGAAAAAGCUAUAUGGAAUCGAUUGCAAAAGCUAUUCUAUUAGCAAAAGAAGAAAUCUUUAUUACUGACUGGUGGCUAUCACCAGAAAUUAUGCUGAUACGACCAAACGAUGAUGAGACAAUGCGUUUAGAUAAUCUGUUGGGAAAGAAAGCAGAUGACGGUGUUCGCAUUUAUGUGAUGAUAUCCAAAGAAUUGUCUUUCGUUAGUUCUCGAAAUAGUUCUCAUACUAAGCAAGCAUUAAUCAAUAAGAGUAAAAUUGGCAAUAUUAAAGUAAUCCGACAUCCCAAUCAUAAUCGAAUUAAUAAUACAUUACUAUGGUCACAUAAUGAGAAAUCAUUGAUUAUUGAUCAAAAAAUAGCAUUUAUCGGUGGGAUCGAUUUAUGUUUCGGUCGAUGGGAUAAUGAAUAUCAUCGUCUCGUUGACUUGGAUGAAAAAACCAAACAAGUUGGAGAAGAGUCUAUGGAUACGAGCAAUAGAUAUUUCAUUGGGAAAGAUUAUGUGAAUGUUUACGAAGGACAAAUUGACAACGUUGAAAGAUUUGGUGAAGAUUUCAUCGAUCGAAAGAUGUUACCACGUACGCCCUGGCAUGAUGAAGCUCUUGUAGUAUUCGGUGAGGUAGCACGCGAUGCUGCAAGGCAUUUUAUACAACGAUGGAAUAUUCACAAGACCGAAAAAUUUGACAAUGAUUCAUCAUAUUCAUUCAUUCUACCGAGGACAUACGAUGAUAAAGAAGAAUUAACUGUAAAUAAUUGGAAAGAGUUUCUUGAGGGUCAUCCAUGCCAGAUCAACGCUCAAUGUGUUCGUUCAAUUGGUCCAUGGUCUGCAAGUACGAGAACAACCGAAACGUCGAUUCUUAAUGCUUACAUACAAAUGAUCGACGGUGCCGAACAUUUUAUAUUUAUUGAGAAUGAAUUUUUCGUGACAGUGGCAAAUGAUUCAUUCAUUCAGAAUCCAGUGUCAGAGACUCUCUAUCAACGGAUUGUACGUGCUCACAGAUUGGGAGAAAAAUUUCGUAUCUAUAUUGUCCUUCCCCUUUUGCCUGGCUCCGAUAAUGUCAAUAUCGUUCAAGCGUCUCUCUAUUUUAUUAUGCGAUCGAUUGCCAAAGGAGAUAAUUCAUUAUUCAAACGGCUUGAAAAAGCAGGUAUUCAACCCAAUGAUUAUAUCAGUUUUUUUGGUCUAAGACAAUAUGAUAUACUAAUGGGCGUUUUGGCAACAGAGAUCAUCUUUGUUCAUUCUAAAUUGAUGAUUGUGGAUGAUCGAAUGGCAAUUUGUGGAAGUGCAAAUAUCAAUGAUCGUUCUCUAUUGGGUGAACGUGAUAGUGAACUUUGUGUAGUAAUCAAUGAUAUUGAAGAGGAACAAUGUCUGUUUAAUGGUCGAUCGGUUCGCGUUGGAAAGUUUUGUUCUAGUUGGCGUCGAAGACUCUUUUCAAUGAUGCUUGGAACUAUGGGACAUAACGAAAAUAAAAUCGAUGUAACCGAUCCCGUUUCUGAUCAAUUUUAUAAUUAUUUUCGAGAGGUGGCGCAUAAAAAUACCUUAAUCUACGAAGAAACUUUUGGGGUAUUACCUACUAAUUGUGUUCGACGUUUUGAUCAGAUGUACAAUUAUACUGACAAGCCCAAACUCAAAGAUACUCAUCCAAAUCAAGCUCACGAGAAAUUGAAAAAUAUUCAAGGUCUAGUUGUUGAAUAUCCAAUUUAUUUUCUGAAUGAAGAAAAUUAUCUGCCCAGUCUUCGAACUCGUGAAGGUAUCUCAUAUUGA